AUGGAAACUCAGGCACAGAUGGCUCAGUUAAUGCAGACUCUAGCGACAAAUCAGACCACUGUGCAAGGGACAAGGAAUCCGAGUACGACAGUCGAGUCCCAUUAUUUGAAGAACUUUCAGAGGUAUAAACCGCCCACUUUUGACGGGGGUAAGAUGAACCCGGUUGCAACUGAGGUCUGGCUGGAGGCUGUAGAGAUAGCCUUUAUGUACAUGAAAUGUCCACCCGAAUAUCAAGUCCAUUGUGGGACUUACAUGCCGAAGGGUGAAGCCCAUUUUUGGUGGAAAGGUGCACAGAGGGCCAUUACACUAGAGGAAGGUUACAUUUCCAGGAAUCAGCUCAAGGAAGCCUACUUGUAUAAAUAUUACCCAGUAGUUGCCCGACACAAGUGUCAGACAACAUUCCUAGAACUGAAACAGGGGGACAAAACUAUUGAGGAUUAUGAUCUUGAGUUUAAUAAACUGGCAAGGUUCUGCCCUGAGUAUGUCAAUAAUGAGAAGAUGAAAAUUGAUCAUUUUAUCGCUGGAGGAUGUUUUGGUUGUGGCAAGCCAGGCCAUUGCAUAGCAGACUGCCCUCAUAAGAGAAACCAUGAGGGAAACAUACCAGUUGGACAAUAUCAGAGAGGCCAGGGAGCCACACAGCAGACCCGAGUUGUGGCCCACGCUAUCACGACUAGGAAAGCAGAAGAGACUAACACAGUGGUGACAGGUACACUGCCUAUCUUUGAUGACCUAGCAUUUACGUUAUUUGAUUCUGGCACUACCCACUCAUUUAUUUCUGAGGGGUUUGUGAAAUCUGCAAACUUAGAAUUAGAACCCCAAGAGUUUCCCCUUAUUGUGUCUACACCAGCAAAUAAAGCAAAUAAAUGCCUAACGGCUACCCAUAGGGUUAGAGGUGGUAGUGUGAUAGUUGCAGGGCGAAAACUUGUAGCAUCCCUGAUUGUUCUGUGUAUGCAAGACUUCGAUCUGAUCCUAGGGAUGGAUUGGUUGGGCGAGAAUCGAGCCCUCAUCGAUUGCGAAGCAAGAAAGGUAACCUUUAGGCCCUUAAAAAGAGAGAACUUUGAAUUCAAAGGGGAUAUAUCCAAAAGCACCCCUAAGGUCAUCACAAUGUUGAAGGCUAGAAAGAUGUUGGAUCAGGGAGCCUGGGCAAUUCUGGCUAGUGUAACAAAAGUCAGUGAGUCCAGUCUAAAGGUAUCCUCUGUUCCUGUGGUUGGAGAAUUUGAGGAUGUUUUUCCAGAAGAGCUCCCAGGGCUACCCCCUAAUCGAGAGGUAGAUUUUGUUAUUGACCUCGAACCAGGGACAACACCGAUAUCCAAACUGCCAUAUAGAAUGGCACCUGCUAAGCUCAAGGAGCUAAAGGGUGCAACGGUGUUCUCUAAGAUCGAUCUGCGAUCAGGAUAUCACCAGAUGAGAAUCAGAGAGGAAGACAUACCUAAAACAGCUUUUAGAAGCCGCUAUGGACAUUAUGAGUUCAUAGUCAUGUCUUUUGGAUUAACCAAUGCUCCUGCAGUGUUUAUGGAGUUGAUGGACUGA